GCAUACCUCUGCACGCGCGCAGGGCAGUCGCUGACUGGCCUCGUUCGGACACCCCCUCUCCCCUCCUUCGCCCACUGCUGGCAGCAGGCCAUGGCUUCCGUCAAGCAGUACCAGGUGCCCCGGACGCCGCGGGUGAUAUCACCCUCUCCAACUCCAUCAGAAAUAAGUGGAAAGGAUGGGUAUUCUGGGCCUGUGACGCGGUCCGCAGCAAGGAUGAAUAGAAACAUGUCUACAACACCGCGGAUUGAUGAGGACUCGUCGGGAUCGGAUCCGGAGAAGAGGGCGCGGACUAGGAGCAGGAGUCCGCCUGGAAGCAGACGGAGAAGGAUGAGUGGGCUCAAGUCGAAGCAAGUUGGUCCGGGAAAGAAGGGGGAGCUUGCUUUGCCGAAUGGGACGGUCAAUGGGCAUUUGUCGCCCGCGGCUGCGAAUAAGGACUACUGGCGGGAAAUGAGCAGAAGUCCGAGUCCAUUAGGUCUAAUCCCAAUACACAAAAAAUGGAGGUCAUUUAUCCACAAACAUGAGAUUCCACGCAAAAUCCUGCACGUCUCCAUUGGCUUCCUCACAAUCUACCUCUACUGCACCGGGCGCCAACCAAGCCAAAUACACCCGGUCCUUUUUUCUCUGCUGAUACCCAUUGCUGCCACCGACUUUAUACGACAUCGGUAUUACUCUGUUAAUCGCUUCUACAUUCGCUGCCUGGGAGCCCUGAUGCGGGAGUCCGAGGUCGACGGCUGGAAUGGUGUCAUUUCCUACCUUCUCGGUGCCUGGACAGUUCUUCGCUUCUGCCCCAAGGACAUCGGCGUCAUGAGUGUACUGCUGCUCAGCUGGUGUGACACGGCAGCGUCCACAUUUGGCCGGCUCUGGGGCCAUCGGACAUGGCGCGUUCGAAAGGGCAAGUCUCUGGCCGGGACCAUGGCCGCCUGCGUGACUGGCGUCAUCACGGCCUCGCUGUUCUGGGGCUGGCUAGGGCCGCUCAUGGCCUCCUACAAUACGGGCGAGAACAGCUUCGCCUUUCAGGGCGUCCUUGCGCUACCUUCCAAGGCACGUGAGGCCUUGGGCUUGAGCUUCUCGCAGGCGUCUGUGGGCGGAUAUCUCGCUCUCGGCGCCGUGUCGGUGUGGGCCGGAAUCGUGGCAUGCGCCAGCGAGGCUGUGGAUCUGUUUGGCUGGGACGAUAAUUUGACGAUUCCGGUGUUGUGUGGAGCGGGAUUGUGGGGUUUUCUGUCCAUAUUUGGAUGA